GCGCAUGUCCCUCCAUUUCAAUCUUGUUCCCAGUAUGUACAGUGAUCGUUGCACCGUGAUCAACGGAAGAAUUUGAUUUAUAGAUUUGAGAUGACUCGGGAAGAAAUUUGUACCAACAUACUGCGAUAAAGGUUGUCGAAUUUCCGAAAUAGUCAUCUAAGUGUCUACGACGCUUAUUUAUUGAAUAGAGUACCUGGGACCAAGAGCGUGGUUACUAACGUAACGUGACCUGACCUUCGUAAACAAGAUGGCGGAAAGUUUUUGGAAAGUGCUGAUCGAACAGUAACUUUUGUCCGUGCUAGCAAUCGUAACGCAAAAUAGGCCCAUUUUGACCAACAGGAACAAAAUGGCAAAGGUUGAUACGAUAGAUGAAGAGCUUCCAAUGCCGACCACAGGAAGGUGGAUUUGGAAGGAGGAUACAAAUUCAUUGGAGUUUGCAGGUUCACAUCAAGUAGCAGAACACAAAGAUGGGAAGAAGAAGAAAGGAAAGGGAGGUAUCCACUUUCAUGAUACAGGCAAGAGAAAUGAUAGAGCCAAGACACCAAUGUUUGGUGCAGUGGGGAGGAUGGGUGCAGGAGGAGUGGGGAAGGGAACAGCAGGGAAGGGAUACAGACCCCACAGAGGAUCCCCCAAACCUAGCAUGAAGCAGACUGGGACAGAUGGGAUAAACAUCACACUGGACCAUGUCAAGGCUGUUGCACUUGACCUACUUCAAGAAGUAGCAGUGUCUGAUCUACCUGAUCACUUCUCAGUGUUCUCACAGACAGAGCAGUUUGACUCCUUCCUGAUCUCACUGCUGAAUUACUUCAGCUGUUAUUUUGAGCGACUUGCACAGGAGAAAAAGCCCACACCGAUGACAACGGAGCCAAGUCUUGCUGAGAAGAAGGCAAUGGCAGAGGCCAGUGCCCGUAUGGCUGUAGCCCAAAAGAGGCUGGGACAGAGUUACUGUGUCCUGAUCCUGGGGCUGGGCAUCCCUCGCCAGCAUCACAUGGGCUGUGGCAUGAAACGUGUAUCUUCUACAUACACAGACAGAAGUAUGUAUGAGGCACUGUACAAUGUCUGCACAUAUGUGACCUGGGUGACUUUUAGAAGAAGAGACUUUGAACUGAUUCAAAAAGAAACAGGAAGGAUGCUUAGGUCUGAUGUGUUCAACCCAUCUUUAAGACCAAAAUCUACACCAGAAGAUGAGGAGGAAGAAAUGGAAACGAAGGAAGAUAAGAAAGGGAAGAGGAAUUUGGAGAGGAAGAGGAUCAGUCCUGCAGAACACAGGAGGAGGAUGGGUAAGAGGCCACCUAUAAAAGAAGUUGUCAACCAACGUUCCCCAGCCCUGGUGUCCAUCCUGCCCAACCCCAAAGAGGAGGCUCCCUGGCUGUUCCAGCACCAGCCUACAGGCAAGGGAGAUGGGACAACUGCUCCAAAACCUUUCCAGGAGCUCUCAGUGGAUAUGACAGAGGAGGAGUUUGAGAUCUUUCUCCCGAGUCCUCUCAAGACAAAAGUUGGGAUUAUAGGGGAGCCCAUGAGUCAGUACAACCCACAGACACUCACUCCCCUGGGUGCAGAGCAGGAUGAGGAGAAUGAGGCAGACUCCAGAAGAAAUUCCUUGUUUGGUUCACCAGCCAAGUCACCAGCCAACACAAGGCAAGGGAGUACAGCCCAGAAUCGGAUGAUGACUUCAAUGUCAAUGACAACUGAUGCCUUUUCUGUGGUGGAUGAAGAUGAGUAAUGUGUUGUGAGCCAGUUGCUGCUAUCGCAUGAAGUAUGAUGCACACAAGAGACAGUUUUAUAAAUGAUAUCAGUGUUUUAGUGUUGUUAAAUGAACUCUAAAGACAGUGUAUGCAAGGACGUAUCACCAUGUCAUUAUUGUCAGUAUAUAAAGCAAGUGGACAACUAAUGGAUUGGCACAGACCAGGACAGGUAAAAACAUGUCUUUGUUUGUCAGCCUCUGAAAUUGGCCAAACAAAAGUGAGAGGUUUGGUGAAAUCUGACUUUGUGUUGAUAGCAGGGCUCUAGCCAGCGUCCGUUUUUCCGUCAAUUGACGGAAAUUUGUUGCGCCUGACGGAAAAAUUUUCAAACCAAUCCGUCAACCUUGACGGACAAAAAUCCUUGGUGGAAGCUUCAGGCGGCUUGGGGACGCCA